CCUCCGCCGCCGCCGCCGCAGCCGCCGCAGCAGCAGCAGCCGCCGCCCCAGGCCCCCCCCCAUGGAGCCCGAGGCCCCGGAUUCCCGCAAGAGGCCCCUCGAAACGCCCCCCGAGGUGGUCUGCACCAAGCGCAGCAACACGGGAGAGGAAGGCGAAUACUUCCUGAAGGUGCUGAUCCCCAGCUACGCGGCGGGCUCCAUCAUUGGCAAGGGCGGGCAGACCAUCGUGCAGCUGCAGAAGGAGACAGGAGCCACCAUCAAGCUCUCCAAGUCCAAAGACUUCUACCCCGGAACCACAGAGCGGGUAUGCCUAGUACAGGGCACGGCAGAGGCCUUGAAUGCUGUGCACAGCUUUAUUGCCGAGAAGGUCCGAGAAAUCCCACAAGCGAUGACCAAGCCUGAGGUGGUCAACAUCCUUCAACCCCAAACCACGAUGAACCCCGACAGAGCCAAGCAGGCCAAGCUGAUCGUCCCUAACAGCACGGCGGGCCUGAUCAUCGGCAAGGGGGGCGCCACGGUGAAAGCCGUGAUGGAACAGUCAGGGGCGUGGGUGCAGUUGUCCCAGAAGCCAGAGGGCAUCAACCUGCAGGAGCGCGUGGUGACAGUCAGCGGCGAGCCCGAGCAGGUGCACAAGGCCGUGAGCGCCAUCGUGCAGAAGGUACAAGAAGACCCCCAGAGCAGCAGCUGCCUCAACAUCAGCUACGCCAACGUGGCUGGCCCGGUGGCCAACUCCAAUCCCACCGGCUCUCCGUAUGCCAGCCCCGCGGAUGUGCUGCCCGCCGCAGCCGCAGCCUCGGCCGCCGCCGCCUCCGGCCUGCUGGGCCCCGCCGGGCUGGCGGGCGUGGGGGCCUUUCCCGCCGCGCUGCCCGCCUUCUCGGGCACCGACCUGCUGGCCAUCAGCACGGCGCUUAACACGCUGGCCAGUUACGGCUACAACACCAACUCCCUGGGCCUGGGCCUCAACUCUGCCGCGGCCUCCGGCGUCCUGGCCGCUGUGGCCGCUGGGGCCAACCCCGCGGCCGCCGCCGCCGCCAACCUCCUGGCAUCCUACGCGGGCGAGGCCGGGGCCGGGCCGGCCGGAGGAGCCGCCCCGCCGCCGCCCCCACCUCCCGGAGCCCUGGGAUCCUUUGCGUUGGCCGCGGCCGCCAAUGGCUACCUCGGGGCCGGGGCGGGCGGAGGGGCGGGCGGAGGGGGCGGCCCGCUGGUGGCCGCUGCCGCCGCGGCAGGGGCGGCCGGGGGCUUCCUGACGGCGGAGAAGCUGGCGGCUGAGAGUGCCAAGGAGCUGGUGGAGAUUGCGGUGCCUGAGAACCUGGUGGGAGCCAUCCUGGGGAAGGGGGGCAAGACGUUGGUGGAGUACCAGGAGCUGACGGGCGCCCGCAUCCAGAUCUCCAAGAAGGGCGAGUUCCUGCCAGGCACGCGGAACCGGCGGGUCACCAUCACGGGCAGCCCCGCGGCCACGCAAGCCGCUCAAUACCUCAUCAGUCAGCGGGUCACCUACGAGCAGGGAGUGAGGGCCUCAAACCCCCAGAAAGUGGGAUGAGGCCUGUGGUGUGUGCUCCCACCCUUCUCCCUCCUCCCACCUCCCCCUUCUCCUCCCUCUCCUCCUUCCCCCCAACUCCUGACCUCAGCUUGGUGUAGUCCUGCUCCUUUUGGGAUGGGGCUGGGGUAGGCCCGACUGCACCCUCCCCUUCUGGUAGUCAUAGGCAGGAUUGAGUGACGGUUGGGAAGGGGGCUCAGAAGCCCCCUCCCCAGCCCGGAACUGACCCCUCCUUCCUCCCUCCCUGUGCUUGGCUGGGCCUGACCCUUCCCGUCCCAGGGCCCAGGUCUGUGUGAUAUCUGUAUAUAUUGCAUUUUGUUGAUUUUAAUAGAAAACAAAGCGUUAUUUUCUCUUUCUUUCCCUCCUUUUUUUUUCUUUUUUUGAUAAGGAUUUUUCCCCCCUUAUAAGUUUUUGCUUUCACAUGGGAGGAGGGGAGGGAGCCUCCGGGUCAUCCAGAAUGAGGGGCCUCCCCAAAACACAACACCCCACCUCUCUGCUUUCAGUUCUAGAUCUGAGGGAAGCCAUGGGAGUAGAGGUAGCAGAGGCGUCUGAGGUGAAAUGGGGCAUCUGGAACAGGGACCCCAGAGUUCCCAGAUCUUCUCAGCUACUCUCCUCCCACUGGAGUUGUCCCUCCUAGGUGGGAAUGUUCACUCUUUUGUUGUCAGGUUGUAUGGGGGGCAGGGACGGUGCUGCUGGGAAGGAUGCCAGCUCUGGGAUUGGGCCUGUCCUGUGGGCAAGACUCAUGAGAGGCUGGAUGAACUUGUUGUGGCAUCUCUGAUGGCUUUUCCUAGAGUAAUGGCAAUGAGGGUCUCUGUUGUGAUGUCACUGAGUACUUUCUGGGGUGCUUCUGGGUGCUCCUUAUGAUGUCACAGGAAGCAGUUCCUCAGAGAUUACUUCCUGUGAGCAUAAGAGGGCAGGUACUUCCUGUGAUGUCUCAAUGAGCUCUUCCUUGAAGGUCACUUCGGUGAUAUCAUGGGAAGAUGUACUUUGGGUGGUGCCUAGAGGUUACUUCCUAUGAUGUCAUUAGGCUGAAGCAUGUACUUCCUGUAUUGGACAGUGACCAGUCUCUGACCUGCCUUCUCCCUCCACACCCCUCUUUGGUGGGUGUUGGCCUGGGGGGGGGUCUUCCUUGGAAGAGAAUAAAGCAUGGGACUUGGAUCCAAUCUGGAGGACUCUAAGGAAAAAAACCCAAUAUUGUCAGGGUCAUCUCCAUUCAAACAUGCCAAGUCUGUGAACUCACCCUGGAGGGAGGGAUGGGAGAUGGACCUAGUGCAAACUACUGUUAAAGCGCCCCCUUCCCACCCCCGCCUUUUGUGUGCAUGCCUGUGUCUGCGUGGCUUUGUUUCAUUGAAUCGGGUGAGCCAAAUGUAUGGUGGCUCUGUCAGGCCAGUGUGGCCCGGUAUAGAGUUCAGUGAGCCGUGGUAGGGUCCCUUGGGCCGGAAUGCUUUGUGUGGUCUGAUACAUUAGGUUGAUUUAGUAGCUUCCAGCAAGCUGGCAUACUUUGGUGAUGUCUGAUGGAUCAGAAGGUUUUGGUGUGCUCACCAGGGGCUCUGGAGAAGUAGAAUGUUCUGAUGGAGUCUGACAAGCCAGAAGGCCUUGAGAGUUCGUUUGAGAGUGGCUCCCUGAGUGCUGUGGCUGUGGUCAGCUCUAAGGACCUAUUGGCAGACUGAGAUUUCAGGGCCUGACAACCCUGUAGACUAGGAUAGCUGAGACCUCCCUCUACCCCACCCAUCUCCCCCUCCUCCUGGGAGACCACCUCCACUUUCUCCAACCCAAAGCAGGGCACCCGGUGCCCUGGUUCCAUCAUCAGCAUCUCUGGGGGAGGGGCACCCCAUGCCCACCCUCUCCCCCAUUUGUCCCCCUCCUAGGUCUUCCAGACCCUUCUCUUCUCCAUGGCUUUGGGGGAAAUCCAGCCUCCUCGUCUCUCUCCUAAAAAAGGAGGGAAGGAAAGCCACAGAGACAAUUCCUGCCCCUAAAGCCUAGGAGAUCCCUCCCCCUUGCUAGAGAGCCACCCCCAAAUCAAAAUGUGAAAAUCCCUAGAAAGCAAUAGCCUUUAAGGUACCUUGCACUGAAUUUCCCACCCCGGCCCUUCCACCUGAUGGGGGCUGUAGCUUGGGCACUGGGGUGAUUUUUUCCAUGCCCUGUCAUCUCUAGGGUGGGGGGCAGGCCCCACUUCCUCCUCCCUUAUCCCCCACUUCCCAUCAUUGUCGCCCCACCCCUAAUCUCCAGACUGAACCCAGAUGGAGAUCUGAGUGCCAAAACAAUUCUUGAUGUAACUUUGUACAUAUCUUCUACUACCGUUGGGAGCUCUUGGGGUUAGAGGUGGGGGUGGCUCUAUGGGCCAUUGCUCCCCUCCACCUCUCAAAAGACCUUACAGUAUUUCACAGUAUCUCUACCCGCACGCGAAUAUUACAGCAUCUAGCUAGAGUAUCCCCCUAUAGCCCCCCAGGCCCCUAUGAGGAGGGAAAGGAGCCAGGGAGAGGUGAAAUAAGGUCUGGGAGUGGGGAGGUGGGAUCUGAAUGAGCUCAUUUGCAUAUCAUUUGCAUCCUCUGCUUGGCAGCCGCUUUCUACAAACCCAUUCGCUGGAGUCCGGGUCCCAAUCAGCCGGGUCCAGGACUCCUCUCACACAGACACGUAUCUGGAGGCUGGGCCUCCUGAAAAGUGUUUGCUUGGGGUGUCUGUGUAACAACCCCUCCCUGUUCAUAUUUCUUGGGGACCCCCUACCCAGCCAGCCAGGGCUAUCUGAAAGGUAUAGUUUGCUAGCUCAGUGAGCUAGUUGCGCUCACCAUGUUGGUGAGUGGAGAGCCACACACCUUUCCCUAUUUUAUCUUCACUCCACCAUCUUUGCCAUCCCUUGAAAGUCCCUUCUGCAAUCUGACCUCAAUCUUUUGUGCUGCAGUUUGUCCAGAGGGGGCACAGAUGUGGGGCCAGGGAUGGGGAUCAUUGACAAACCCAUCACCUCUUUUUUUUUUUUCCUCUCUCCCUAUUAGCCAAUCAGAUUUCAGAGUCCCUGAGUGGCCUCCUUGCACCCUGCUCUUCAGCACCCAGUAGGUGCUUAAUAAGUGUUUGCUGCAUUGAAUUGUCUCCUGAUUCCUUCUCAUUUGCCCUUUAGCUUCCCAUACCUUCCCCAAGUGUUUUCCUCCCUCUGUCUGGCUCCCUAUGACUUUCUGAAAAUCUUUUUUCUCUAUGUGGUUCCCAUUGUUUUCUGUCCUGUCUCUAUCUUUGUCUCUGUCUGUCUUCCUCCUCUCCUCAACUGUCUCAACUCUCUCUCCCCAAUUUCCCCAUUUAAAAGAAAAAAAAAGUGCCAAACUUCCUUGGAACUGAGCCGCUCUGGGGGGAGAGGACCUUGGAUAGAGGGGAGGAAAUGGGACCACUUCUCUUUGAGGAGGUCCCUAAGAGGCAUUGAAAAAGUGUGGACAUGGAGCUAAAUUGGGUCCCCUUCCACAGCCCUCCCACCCUGAGUUUUUCUUAGAAUCUUUGUAA